ACGUAUGAAGACGACAACCCAAAGUCGUAGUGAUAUUCCUCCCGCGUUAUUCAUCGUGCCUGAAUCUCUCUCUCUAUUUUCUGUAUCCCUCAAAGUUUGGGACUUUGAUCUGCCAUUGACCCUCUUCAAUUCGCGGGUUUUUCUCCGCAUGAUUUCUUCUUCGAUUACCUCGAAUCGCCCCAGCAAUCUUGAAUUCCAGUUUUUGAGAAACUGUUCCUGAAUUUGUAAACUCAAUUUGAUAUUGGGACAAAAUAAAGAGAUACUUGUGUUCUAAGCUUUAUUAAGGUUACAGCUUAAUGUUGGGUUCUGGGAGUAACUUGAACGGCAGCACCAGCAGUGGGAUAACCUCAUCAGAUAUGCCACCUUUGCCACAGUAUUUGCCACUGGAUCCAAUUACGUUAGGUAGUAAAAAAUAUACUCGUUCAGGAGAGCUGAGGAGGGUUCUAGGUGUUUCUGUGGGGAACACAUCAGAAGACCAUUCUUUUGGAACUCUACAUCACAAGCCUAUGGCUCCAGUAGCCCCAGGGGAGCUUAAGAAUUUCAAAGAAAGUGUACAAGAUGCCUCCAGAAAGGCAAGGGAUCGAUCAAAAAUGUUAGGGGAAUCUUUAUCCAAAUUGGACAGGUAUAGAGAGGCAAUAGCAUUAAAUACAAAGAAGCGACAGAGGGCAGAUUUAUCAAGUGAAAGGGGAGGUGGAGUAAACUUAACAAAGAUGGGUAGCCAGACUCACAAAACCCCUAAUGAUAAUCUAACUCCAAGAUCAGAAGUCAAGACCUCAAAUUCAAUGCUGAACAAGCGACUCCGUACAGCAGUGGCAGAUGUGCGGGAGGAAAGCAGAUCUGCUGCCAUUGGAAGGCAGCAGAUGGUCACAGAGAAGGAUGGAAAUUCGAUUCAGACACUUGGCGGGGGUUCUGUUCGAAAUGAAGAGAAAACUCGCAGAUUACUUGCUGGAGGUGAAGGGUUGGAUCAAAAAAUUAAAAAGAAGAGAUCUGUUGGAGCUGUAGGAAACAGAGUCAUGACUGGUGAAAGAGAUGUGAAACGAUCUGCUCUUCCAAAGGCAAAUGCUGAUUCGAAGAUGCGUUUUUAUGAUACACAGGGUUUCAGAUUGAAGCCACUUCCUGGAUCUAGUGGAAUCAACAAGUCUGGAGGCUCUUCUGAGCCUUCUACUAUUGGGGUGCGUAAUAUGCUUGCAAGUGAGCAAGAAUGUGGAUCUCUUCACAGGGACCAUAUAGCUGAGCAGAAAGUAGUGGCAAAGGGAAGCAACAGAUCCAACAAUCAGGAGGAUUUCCCAGCAAGCAUCUCUAACACACUAAUUAAAAAUAAGGUUUCCCGGGCACCACGAACAGGUUCAGUUAGUGCGCUAGAUUUGUCUAAUGUUCAAUCUUCGUCUGAAAACUUUCCAGGCUCUUCUAUACAUCCAAUGACCCAGUGGGUUGGUCAGAGGCCACCCAAAAAUUCACGCUCAAGAAGAGUAAAAGUAGUUUCUCCUGCCUCACGCAGUCUUGAAGUCCAGGUCUCAUCUGAAGGCUGUCAAACUUCUGAUUUGAAAGGUUCUUCAGUCGUAAACAAUGGACUCCAACUGGCAAGCAGUGUAGAAACUAGUACCCCAAAAUAUAAAAGGCCACCUGAUGACAUUUCAUCUCCAUUUGGCUUUUCUGAAAGUGAAGAAUCUGGAGCUGGUGAACACAAAAUAAAAGAGAAAGGAAUGAAUGGCAAUGACUUUGAUGUGGCAGCUGAAAAGGGUAUGACGUCUAUGGCACAAAUGAAGAAGAACAAAAUACCAACUGAUGAUUCGGGAGAUUGUGUGCAGAGACAAGGAAGAACUGGAAGGAAUUUAUCAUUAAUAAGGUCUGGUGUUCCCUCAGGGAGGGAGAAGUCAGAGAAUCCACCAACGAAGCCAGUACAGGACAUGAGGGCAAAUGAUAAGAGUAAAACCAAAUAUGGACGUCCUCCUUCAAAAAAGCAGAAAGAUCGCAAGGUUUUGAAUGUGUACUCAUACACUACAUAUUUAAAUGACUUUACAGGUGAAUCUGAUGAUGAUCAUGAAGAAUUAUAUAAAGCUGCAAAUGCUGCUCGUAAUGCUAGCAAUAUUGUGUGUUCGGGCUCAUUCUGGAAUAAAAUGGAGCCUAUUUUUGCUUCAAUCAGCUUGGACGAUGCAUCAUACUUGAAGCAACAGCUCAACAUUGCUGAAGAAGUUGGCAAAAGUUUAUCUCACUUAUUUGGCAUUGACAAUGAUUUGGGUGGUGUUGUAAAUAACAAAACUACUCAAGGUUCGGAGGGAGGGAAGAGAAGCCGUUAUGAAGAUGAUUCAUCUAAGUUAGAUGCUUUAGGUGAAAAGAAUGACUCCGAAAGACUUGACAAGGUUGCUCCGUUAUUCCAAAGACUUCUUUGUGCUCUAAUUGAAGAAGAUGAUAAUGAAGAAUCAUAUCACCUAAGUGACGCAAAGAAUAUAUCUCGACAAUGUGCUAGUGAUGAUUCUCAUUGUGAUUCUUGUAAUCAAAUUGAUUUUGAACCCAAAGAUCGGGAUAGAAUGGACUCGGAAGUUGAAUCAAAGGUGGAUUUUCAUAUUCAAAAGAGUUGUAUGUUGGACAGACUAUCUUGUGAUAAAAGUACUGCAUCCAACACCUUUAGGUAUCCAAACACAUCCAGUUCAUUACAAAGCACUGGAGUUUGGCAGGGAGACGAAGAGUUUUCCGUUUCUGAUAUCACACACACAAGCGAAAUAUGUUCAAAUGAUCUUGAUCAACUGCAUCCUGGUGAAUUAAGUAUUCCUGGUUUUCCAUCACCGGAUGACCCAUAUCAGUUGAUGUCUUUGGAUGACAGGUUGCUGCUCGAGUUGCAGAGCAUUGGCUUAUAUCCAGAAAUAUUGGUGCAGCCUGAUUUAGCUGAGGAAGAUGAAGCUAUAAAUCAAGAUAUUGAGAAACUUGAGAAAGCAUUAUAUGAACAGAAUGGGAGCAAGAAGAAAAACUUGGACAGAAUUGAUAGGGCUAUUCAAAAAGGGAGGGACAUGGAAAAGCGGAAGGUUGAACAAGUUGCAUUUGACCAACUUAUUGAAAUGGCUUACAGAAGGAGAUUGGCCUGCCGUGGAAGCAAAAAUUCAAAAGGUGCAGUUCACAAGGUGUCGAAACAAGUUGCGUUGGCUUUUCUGAAGCGUACUCUUGGAAGAUGUAAAAGAUAUGAAGAAGCUGGCAUUAGCUGCUUUAGUGAACCUGCACUGCAAAAUAUCAUGUUUUCUCCCCCUUCACGCGAGAAGAAUGAUGCAAAACCUUUGGAUUGCAUUGUCUCUGGGACAGCCAGUAAUACAUGUAACAAAGCUUUGAAUCAAGGGGAAGCUAGAAAAUCAGGUGCAGUUUCUAUUGCUUCUGAGAAAUAUGAUUUCCAAAGAGAUUAUGCUGAUAGAGGACUUCCUGAUUCUUUUCAAGGUUCUAUUCACUCAUCAGAACAAGCAUCAUCCAAGAAUGGUUCUGUGUUCAUCAAGGAGAAAAAGAGGGAAAUGUUGGUCAAUGGGGGUGUCAGUGGUGGAAUCAGAGCAAGGAUCAAGCCAAACAAAAUUCGGCUUCUAGAUCUGGACGCCUGUCACUGGACAGUUGCCAAAAUGAGAACAAAACAAAGGUUAAGCCCAAGCAAAAGAUUACUGCUGGUGAGCAAAACAAAGAUGGACCACCAUUAUCUGGUAACCAGGAAACAAAUAAAGUAAAUCAACCUAGCGAAUUUGAGAAUUUUCCUCUGCCUGAUUUAAGUACAAUAGAAGAAUUUGGUGUAUCUGUUGAACUUGGCGGCCCUCAAGAUCUUAGUUCUUGGUUGAAUUUUGAUGAGGAUGGUUUGCAAGACCACGAUUGCAUGGGACUUGACAUACCAAUGGAUGACCUAACGGAUUUAAAUAUGCUCAUGUGAUGUGAUGAUUUGUGAAGAAAUUUUUAUGUAUGUAUUCAGUGAUCCUUCAAGAUUUUGAUUAUAAUUGGGUUGCAUGGGAGGUAGAAAUUUUUGGCUGCGGGACAACAAUUUUGAACCAACUACUUAGGAUAAGACAUGAGGAGGCGAAAAUAGGAAAGCCUGAUCUUUUUGCCGAGGAUUGUAUAAAGAAAAGUACUUGAGAGAAUAUCUGCUGCUGCAAGAUCUCUUUCUUCCUUCUCCCCGUUAUACAAGAUGCGUUUGUUUCUUACAACAUGAUGUUCAUUAUCCAAAGAAAGUUUAGGUGUGCUGACUACAGUUCCAGAAUCAAGAUAACCUCUCACAGAUUAUUCGGUUGAGGAAUCUUGGAGGUGACUGAUUGUGCUUAGCAAUAGAUCAUGUAUAGUUUAGUAUAGUGUAGUAUAGUAUAGAGCAGAUGUUGAGUUUCUGUAAAUCUAUUUGGUUCUUGAUGACUGGAAAAAAUGCUCUGAAUCCUGGUCUCAGGUCUGAAUUCUGAUGAUGAGGGAGGGAUGAGAUCGAAGCCCUCUUAUUCAUUUAAACAAGGGAACCGAAGGAUGGUUUUCUUUGCUAAUGUUGUUGUGUCUUUAUGCUACUACUACUACUCCCAUUCCCAUGUAAAAUAUAAUGCUUGUUUUUUAGGGGGACAUUAGCCUGAUAUUGUCAAUUCUUUUCUCCUGAAUUAUUGGAGAAUGAUAUUUUGAAUUUUUGAUUAAGCUCUCUAGCUUUCAA